AUGUCCCAAACUUCUUCAUCUAAAAUUGUUGUCUACAAACCUCCCAUCCGACCACAGAUCGACAGACCUUCUGUGAUCCUCUAUGGAGCCAUAUUGUCCGACCCAGAUAAAGACUGGCAUACCAACCUUGCAGCCUCGCUGUCUGACCUUCCCAUUGCCAUCCUCAACCCUCGUCGAGAUGACUGGGACAGCAGCUGGAUCGAAGACAUUGCGUUUCCAAAGUUCAAGGAGCAGGUAGAGUGGGAGAUGGACUAUGCACAGGUUGCAGAUGUCAUUGUGUUCUACUUCGCGCCUGAAGCCCAAACGCCGAUUACUCUGCUCGAACUGGGCUUGUGUGCUGGGACGGGCAAGGCCAUUGUGUGCUGCCCAGAGGGCUUUUACAAGAGAGGAAAUGUGCAGAUGGUUUGUUUGAGAUAUGGUAUUGAAAUGUUGAAUUCGUUGGACGAGUUGUCGCAGAUGCUCAAGAUGAGGCUGGAGACCAAGUUGAGCGCGUACCGAUGCCGUUAUCCUUUUCCAUCCUGUGAUAAUGAUGACCGCUUCUUACAUUUCCUCUACACAUACACAAUGCAAUCUUCUCUCAGCAGAAUCGCGCCUACUCUGCGCAUUGCAAGUCGACGAUACCCCGCCCCCUCUGUGAGAUGUCGAUCCUUCCCAAAGUUAGGAUGCAGUCAAGUCAGGGCCUUUACCUCUACGCCAAGAUGCCAUAUUCGAACUAAGGAGAUGAAUGAUGAGCAUCUCAAGGACCUUGAAGUCAACCAGUCUCGGUUGAUGGAAGAUAUACAUUAUACUUGUCAAUGGGGAACAGGAGAGCGAUGGGGAGACAAGGAAACCGAAACGGGCAUGUCUCGUCUUGCCCUCUCAGACGCUGACAAGGCUGCUCGAGACUGGUUUGUGAAGACUACAGAAGCGCUAGGAUGCAAGGUGACCAUUGACUCCAUGGGAAAUACCUUUGCCGUUCGCCCCGGACUGCGAAACGACAAACCACCAACUUUUGUGGGAAGUCAUUUGGAUACGCAACCAUCUGGAGGACGUUAUGAUGGAAUCUUGGGAGUUACUGCAGGCGUUGAAAUGUUACGCGUACUAGCCGACAAUUGGACGGAGACUGAGUAUCCUGUAGGUGUUGUGAACUGGACUAAUGAAGAGGGUGCUCGCUUCCCAAUGUCCAUGGUCUCCUCUGGUGUCUGGGCUGGUUCGAUCCCUCUUGAGAUUGCACACAACCUCCGCGAGCUACAUCCCGGGACUGCGACCAUGGCUUCUGAACUCCAGCGGAUCGGCUACUUGGGAAGCACUCCUGCGAGCCACGAGGCAAUGCCAAUGGCUGCACACUUUGAGUUGCACAUUGAGCAAGGUCCAUUGCUUGAGAUGGCAAACAAGAAGAUUGGCAUCGUGACUGGUGUACAGGCGUACAAAUGGUUCACCAUCAACGUCAAAGGCCGAGACACGCACACCGGAACCACAGAUCUCAAGUCUCGAGCCGAUGCGCUCCUCACCGCCAGCAAGAUGAUCCUCCACUCUCAUCGGCUGGCGACUGCGAAUGCCGCCCUAGCAUCAACCGGCAUUCUGAACCUAAAGCCAGGCUCCACAAACACCGUACCAGGUUCCGUCUCCUUCAGCCUGGACAUCCGCUCACCAAAGGACGAAACCGUAUCCCUGAUGCAACAGCUCAUCGAGCGCGAUUUCCCCCGAAUCGCAGCCGGCGAAGAUGUCGACGGCUCAAACGCAGGCUGCACACCUGGCCUCCCCCUCAGCGUCGAGAUCAUCGAAGACUUCUCCUCCCCGGCCACCCACUUCCACGCUGAUUGCAUUGCCGCUGUGCGCCAGUCUGCGCAACAUGUCCUCUCCUCACCGAAGAGUCCCAGGGGCAGCAAUCUGGUCAUGGAGAUGACAUCUGGUGCGGGCCAUGAUAGCGUGUAUGCUAGUAAACGCUGUCCUACGAGUAUGAUUUUCGUCCCGUGUAGGGAGGGCGUGAGUCAUAAUCCGAGGGAGUUUUGCAAGGAGGAGGAUUGUGCGUUGGGGGCGCAGGUGCUGUUGCAGAGUGUGGUGAGGUUUGAUCGAAUGAGAGAUGAGAGGCGGGUGAGUUGGAAGCAGGAGCCGUAUACGUUGUAA